GUGCCGACCCGAAGACCUCGCGACCGUGCGAAAAAGGCGGUUUCUGGCGAGGGGAAGAUAAAUUCGGCCCCUAACCUAACAGCGCUGUGCGUUAUGCCACCCAGGUACUGGAAAGAAAGGCAAGAACCUUCCGUGUAUGUGGCACAAUAUUAAGGAACGGGUGUGUGUAACGAAAGCCGCAUAAUACCGACACGGUUCUGGUGAAGGCAUUGUCGUUAAUUGCUUCCCGAACACUGAGUGACAGUGUUUCUUGGAGAAUUUAAGACGAUCCAGGAUAAAGAGAUAAGACAUUAGGAGUAGGAGUCCAGAAACUGACCAAAGACUUCAGAGUCUAACGCUCGCCCCCAUCAUCACCGCCAGCAUGACUGAAACGAUCAAUAGGACGCUACCGAGUUUCGGGUUCGACGAUGGCCACUGGAACAGCAACGGCUCUUCCGGUUCCGACGGGUUCACGUCCUCGUCGGACGAAACGGACAGUAACUUUCCGGACGAAACUAGCAGGUUCUCCCGGGCAUUACUCACGUUCGCAGCGACAGCCACCAUACUCAUCAUGAUAACGGGGAUCGCCGGAAAUCUGCUCACCAUUCUGGCGCUUCUCAAGUGUCCCAAGGUGCGGAACGUAGCGGCUGCCUUUAUCAUCAGCUUGUGCGUCGCGGACUGUUUGUUCUGUCUGGUGGUGCUGCCGUUCAACGCGAUACGGUUCAUCCAGGGCACCUGGAGCCUCGGCGAGACACUCUGCACAUUGGUAACGUUUAUGCAGUAUGGCAGCGUAGGGGUUUCACUGCUGUGCAUCACGAUGAUCACCAUCAAUCGCUACAUCAUGAUAGCGCACUACAACAUCUACUCCAAGGUGUACAAAACAACCUGGAUCAUGGUGAUGAUCUCCGUCUGUUGGCUGUUUUCCUAUGGCUUCCAGAUUCCAACGUUACUCGGUGUCUGGGGUAAAUUCGGCUACAACCACCAGCUCGGCACGUGCUCCAUCCUGCCGGACGACGAAGGACGCAGCAGCAAAACGGCAAUGUUUAUCAUCGCCUUUCUCAUUCCGUGCAUCAUCAUCGUGAUAUGCUACAGCCGCAUCUUCUGGGUCGUUCAUAAAUCCGAGAAGCGGAUGAAGAACCAUUCCAAAUCGCAGUGCAACAUUCCGAACAAUCUCCGAUCGGCUGAUCCGGCCGCCCCACUGUCGGCCGGCUCCGGAGGAAGUUCCAGCUCGGCCAACAACAACUCGAUCAGCUACACGGCCGGUUCGUCGGCGGUGAAGGUGGGCGGCACACGGGGCGCUCCGGGCGGGACGACGACGGCCAGCGACAAUCGGGACGCCAAAGCGAAGCGCAACGAAUGGCGCAUCACGAAGAUGGUUCUGGCGAUCUUUCUGUCAUUCGUCAUGUGCUAUCUGCCGAUAACGAUAUCGAAAAUCGUCGAUAAGAACGUAUCGAUACCGGUGCUUCACAUCAUCGGCUACAUUAUGCUGUAUCUGUCCGCUUGCAUCAACCCCAUCAUCUACGUCAUCAUGAACAAGCAGUACCGGCAGGCGUACAAAACCGUGCUCUUCUGCAGGACUCCCCGGCUGCUGGCGUUCACGCACGGUGGCAGCAGUGUCGGAGAGAAAUGGAAAGACAUAGGGUACAGCUACAACCACAGUCGUACCAUGGUGUCCCAAGUUUCAAUAGUCGAGUCGGAGUCGCCGGACCUCCCAGCUUCCCGGCAGCGCCAAGAUUCGCCGCACCCACAGCAUUUGGUCGCCAUUCAAGAUAGUUAGAAGCGCUGAAGAAGAGAGAGAGGAAGGGAAGCGCAACAUGACCACGUUUUCACCACGGACUGAAAAGUAUCUAUUUGUUCCCUAGCAGACUAGCGGCCAUCAAGAAAGAAAGAAGGUACCAAAAACAAACGCCAAAGCGCGGACCAUCAACACAAUGCUGACGAUUGUUGGGUCGACGACGAUUGGAUACGAUCGCAAACUCCUCAUCAUCUCUACAGGUGGCCAUACAACAAUACACACGCAUCACGACAAUGUCGCGUUCUCUAGCGAUAUUCGACACUAGAGUUAUGUUUUUUUUUUAUCUAAGACUCACAUUUAAGGACCCCAAAACGAUGCCAAAACAGAGGUGAAAGCUAUCGGCGAUAAGCGAGCGAUAGUCAGCGGCGAUGGUCGUAAACUGAAGGAUUAGGAAUUAAAUCCAAAGAAUUUCCAAAAGGACAUAAUACACACGACCACCGUGUGUUCCGUGACCUUUUUUCCGUUCGUGGGUAGGACUAAGUUAUUCAUUUUAAGUUCUUUCAAUCCUACCUGCAUCCUACCGAUACGCGAAAUGUACAUAUGAAUUACAACAAUUCCGUAAAUAAAGACCGAAUGUAAUACUGUAAUGCUACUUUUCGAAAAUUGACUAAAGUACAAAGGCAAACGACACACACUUGUUGCAAGAGUUUAUACCAUCAUCAUACGUUAUGGUUGAAUUUAUUUAUUUUUCAAGCGUUUACAUUCCUGCUCAUUUGUAUUACUGCAUACGGUGACUAGCGUGUCUGACGAGACCAGAGCACAACUAGCGUUAGCGGCGCAGCUCAGCGUCGCAGCGUCGAAGCGUUGUAAAAAAUAUAAUGGCCGAUUCUUUAAAGUAGCGUUCAAGAUUCUUAGAACAAUUGUAAUAGCUAAACGGUAAAACUGUACACGGUACCUAUUACCACAAGACACUUACUCUUUUUGUCUCGCUCUCUCUGUCCCUCUAUAUAUAAUUUUAGUUUCUUGCAAUAAGAAGCCACAAAACUCUUAUUAUUUAAUUUAACUCGCUUCGCUCCAUCUGGUACCACAACAUAAUUCUGACUCCGUUUUUAAUUUUGUUUUGUAGUGGAGCGUGUAGGUGCCCAAAAUGCAAACCGCAACCUUCCGCAAAGACAAGAAUACGUACGCAGGCUGCAUCCCAGAACAAAGGAAAUGACAUUUAAAAAAACUCUGGAAAAACCUAACAAAAUAAACGAAACCUUCU